AUGAUGUCAUCACUUUCCAUUUCUAGUAAGAUUAUUAUAAAUCAAAAUGAUGUUAGAAUUGUCCAUUAUCAUGCAUCUUUUUUAUUUUGCUUACUGGCCAGAAUCAGCUCGCCAAAUCGAUUUUGACGAGCCAAAAAAUUUGACAUAAAAAAUGUCUGUGAGAAAUUCAAGUUCUACCACUUCCCAGGUAUUUUUAAAAAUCUGGUGUUUUUAUUCCAGGCAGUGGGAUCCUAUGACAAGGGCAGCCUUUAUGCCCUUUUUUAG